AUGGCCACCCCAAUCGAUUCAUUCGAUCCCCAAAACCAGCAAAACAGACCCAAGCUCCACCGCAACUCUUCGCUCUUCGCCCUCCCCCAAGCCACAGCAGAACAGAUCGAUUCAUUCGAUCCCCAAAACCAGCAAAACAGACCCAAGCGACCGCAGCUCUUCGCUCUUCGCCAUCCUCCAAGCCAUCGCAGCUCUUCGCUCUCCCCCAAGCCACCGCAGAACAGAUCGAUUCAUUCGAUCCCCAAAACCAGCAAAACAGACCCAAGCCACUGCAGCUCUUCGCCCUCCCCCAAGCCACCGCAGCUCCACCGCAGCUCUUCGCUCUUCGUCCUCCCCCAAGCCACCGCAGCUCUUCGGCCUUCGCCUUCCCCCAAGCCACCACAGCUCCACCGCAGCUCUUCGCUCUCCGCCCUCCCCCAAGCCACCGCAGCUCCACCGCGUCUCUGCCUCAGACUCCCUCUGCUCCGUGCCUCUGCCUCGAAACGUGUUGAUGAACUACGAAAGCUUUUGUCUGACAAGGAUGCAUACCAUCAGUUUUUCCUGUCGCUCGAUCAGGUCAAGGUUCAAAAUAAUUUAAGGGAAGAGCUACGAAAGGAAACUCUGCAGUUAACUAGGGAAAACUUGGAAAAGGAACCGCGCAUGGUGGAACUUAGAAACCAAGUAGGGUUUAUAACUUUUUGGUUUCUCCUACUAGUGGCAAUCUCAGUGCUAAAAAUUACAUGUGUGUAAUAUGCUAAAUUUG